CAGGAAAUGUCAGCAGAAGCAGAGAACAAAGGUGAGGAGGAGCAGAUGGACGUGACUGAGGCAAAGCCAGAACCAGUAGAGGAUGUAAAAAUGGAGAAUGAGGAGCACGCUGAAGACGAAAUGGAAGCUGAUGAAGGAGAGGAUAGUCUUGAGUCGAAAUUCGAAGCAGAUUCGUUCAAGAGGUUCGAACUGCUGCUGAAGAAGACCGAAAACUUUUCACAUUGCUUGAGUGCUGGAGAUGUGGCAGCCUACAAAGGUUCACCGAUCAAGAAAAAACGUGGCCGAACCGCUUCCGAUGUCGAUGGUGAUCAUAGGCAUAGAAAGACGGAGCAGGAAGAAGAUGAAGAAAUGGUGGAAGCAGCUAGUAGAGAAGAUAGUAUUACUAUCUUUGACAAGAGUCCGUUCUAUAUAAAAAAUGGAGAACUCAGGGAUUACCAAAUUCGUGGUUUGAAUUGGCUCAUCUCUCUAUAUCAUAAUGGAAUCAAUGGAAUCCUUGCUGAUGAAAUGGGUCUUGGCAAAACUUUGCAAACGAUUGCCCUUCUUGGGUAUAUGAAACAUUACAAGAACAUGGGGAGCCCUCAUUUGGUCAUCGUUCCCAAGUCAACAUUGAAGAACUGGAUGAACGAGUUUGAAAAGUGGUGCCCAAGUAUGGUCACAUGUUGCAUCAUUGGUGAUGAACAUGAAAGGAAUCAAGUCAUUCGUGACGUCAUUCUUCCACAAAAGUUUGAUGUUUGCUGUACUACUUACGAGAUGGUGUUGAAAGUCAAGACACAACUCAAGAAACUUGUAUGGAAGUACAUAAUCAUUGAUGAAGCUCAUAGAAUCAAAAAUGAGAAGUCAAAGCUGUCUGAGGUAGUGCGCGAGAUUAAAUCGAAAAAUCGCCUUCUCAUCACUGGUACACCGCUCCAAAACAACCUUCACGAGCUUUGGGCUUUGCUGAACUUCUUGCUCCCCGACAUGUUCUCGUCUUCUGUAGAUUUUGAUUCGUGGUUCACUGAUGGUAGUAUGUUGGGCAAUAUCGACAUCAUAUCCAGGCUUCACAAGGUACUCCAACCCUUCCUUCUUCGUCGUAUUAAAUCUGAUGUGGAGAAGUCGUUGUUGCCAAAGAAAGAAGUGAAGAUCUAUGUUGGUCUGUCGAAAAUGCAGCGAGAAUGGUACACAAAGGUAUUGAUGAAGGAUAUCGAUGUCAUCAAUGGCGCUGGAAAAGUGGAGAAAGCAAGGCUCAUGAACAUCCUCAUGCACCUUCGCAAGGCUGCAAAUCAUCCAUAUCUCUUUGAUGGUGCUGAACCUGGACCACCAUACACUACUGAUCAACAUAUCGUAGACAACAGCGGUAAAAUGGUCGUACUGGAUAAGCUGCUGAAAAAGUUGAAAGAGCAAGGCUCCCGUGUCCUUAUCUUCUCGCAGUUCUCUAGAAUUCUUGAUCUCUUGGAGGAUUACUGCUGGUGGCGGCAGUAUCAGUACUGUCGACUGGACGGUAUGACUGCCCACGUUGACAGGCAGGAGUCUAUAGAUGCAUUCAAUGCUCCAGACUCCGAGAAAUUCAUCUUCAUGCUCACGACAAGGGCUGGAGGUCUUGGUAUCAACCUUGCCACGGCAGAUGUUGUUAUAAUAUUUGAUUCCGAUUGGAAUCCACAAAGUGAUUUGCAAGCUAUGGAUCGUGCUCAUAGAAUUGGUCAAAAGAAGCAGGUUCGCGUCUUCCGCUUGAUUACCGAAAAUACUGUGGAAGAACGAAUCAUCGAACGAGCAGAAGUAAAACUGCGUCUGGAUUCUAUCGUUAUCCAGCAAGGCAGAGUUACCGAAGCUCAGAAGACCUUGGGGAAAGAUGAUAUGAUCAACAUGAUCCGGCAUGGUGCUGAGUUGGUAUUCUCAUCCAAAGACUCCACCAUCACUGACGAAGACAUCGAUACAAUUCUCCAACAAGCUGAGCUCAAAACAGCAGAACUCAAUGCAAAAUUGGAAGAACUUGGGGAGAGCAACCUGCGUAACCUUACUUUCGAGAGCAAAUCGGUUUAUAACUUUGAAGGAGAGAAUUGGAAGGGCAAACAAGUUGGAGAUACGGGUCAUUUCUGGAUCGAACCUCCGAAGAGAGAAAGGAAAGCAAACUACCAGGUAGAUGCAUACUUCCGCGAAGCCAUGCGACAAGGUCAGCCCGUGGAAAAGCAGUCUCGUGCACCACGACCCAAGCAGCCUGCAGUCUUUGACUUCCAAUUUUAUCCACCACGUCUUAUGGAACUGUUGGAUCGUGAGACGUAUCACUACAGGAAAACUAUCGGAUACAAGGCUGAAAAACCGAAAGAGUGUGGCCCUAAGGAAGCCGAGAAGCGUCAAAAAGAAGAACAGCGCCUGAUUGAUACGGCACAACCUUUGACUGAGGAAGAGCAGCAAGAGAAAAAUGACCUACUCACACAAGGUCUGGCAAACUGGAGCAAGAGAGACUUCACGGCAUUCGUCCGGGCAAAUGAGAAAUAUGGUCGACAUGACAUCGAGAAUAUUGCAAAUGAGAUGAUGGAGACUAAAUCUCGAGAUGAGGUGGAAUAUUACGCGAAGAUAUUUUGGGAGCGAUUUGAAGAGUUACAAGACCAUGAGAAGAUUUUGGGCCAAAUCGAAAAAGGUGAAGCUAGAAUUCAACGACGACAGUCAGUGAAACGCGCUCUAGAUGCAAAGAUUGCUAAGUAUAAAGCUCCUUUCCAUCAAUUGCGCAUUGCUUAUGGAACAAACAAAGGAAAGACAUAUACGGAGGAGGAAGAUAGAUUCCUUGUAUGUGAACUACACCGGCUCGGAUUUGACAAGGAAACUGUAUAUGAGGAGCUCCGACAGUCUGUCAGAAUGGCUCCACAAUUCCGAUUUGAUUGGUUCAUCAAGAGUAGGACAGCUAUGGAAUUACAACGACGUUGCAAUACUUUGAUAACAUUGAUAGAAAAGGAAAUGGGCGAGACAGAGGUGAAACACCGAACGAAAAAAGACGCAAAAGAUAAAGCCAAUGCACCAUCAGAAGCCGGUAGCGCAACUCCAUCAAGAACACCGUCAGGGAAGAAACUUGGGCGACCAAAAUCCAGUAAAUGAGCUCGAUAUCACGAUACGUGUCAUCACACGAUCUUUUUUCCUUACCAGUACAUUUCUUUUCCAGUAUACUAACAUUUGAUCCCAGUUGAUUUUGAUGAUUUUAUUUCAAUUAUUGUAUUUUUUUAUUGUCUGAUCUCCUUGACGUCGGUCUUAGUAUCGUAUCCCAAUCUGAUUAAUUUCAUUUGUAAGCAAUA